AUGUGGUGCUUGCGUAGACGCGCACUACACCUCGCAUCCAUCUUCUUGGCGACAAGAAGCUUUGCCAAGAAGAGCCAGUUGGGCCUGACAUGUGGCAGCACCGGCGCAUGCGAUGAGUUCGAGGUGGAGCUAGCCGAGGAAGAGCUGGCUUCAGAAAUGCAGGUCGAGCUUUUGCAGAGGAUGCCUAUGGACAUCCGGCUAGCUGCCAGCGCAGAAGUUGCCAGAACAGAUCAGGUUGCCAAGAGCAAGGCGUGCUUGGUGGAUCAUUUAGUGGGAUCCUGGCAUGUCGAGAAUGCCUUGGGCAUCGAUGGCGUGACCGUGCUCCUGCAAAUCUCGCCAAGGUCAUCCGGUGUAUGUGAGGACGUGGUCGGUCAGAUACACUACCUUGGGAAGCAAACACAGUAUGCAAUUUCUGCUACGGCGUUGGACAACGGCAAGCUGCAUGUGAAGUACGUCAACAAGCAGGCCGAGCCGGACUACUUUCACGAGGGCGAGUAUGACUUGGCAAAGGACUCGCUAUUGGAGGACUUAGGUGCAGUGAACGGUGUCAAGCAGAACGACAACAUGGAGCUCAUCUUCAAGCGGGCCACACCGGCCUGA